CGGCCCCGAGCAGCCCGGAGAGGCCCCGCCGCUGACGGCCCCGAGCAGCCCGGAGAGGCCCCGCCGGCCCGGAGCCCGUGGUCGCUUCCCGGUGUCUCUGCGCCCGGUGUCUCUGCGGGAGCUCUCGGGGCCCGGGUGGGGAGGGCAGAAACGCCGCCUGAGCCRGGCGAGGGGCAUCGCUGCGGACCCCGCAAGAUGAGUGGAGCUCGAUGGAAAAUGUCCAGAAAAGGUUAAUAUUUUCACAAAGAAAUAAGCCUGACAAAAAUGGGGACAUGUAUGGUUUUCUUGUAGAGGACUAUGCAUAAGGAUAAAUCAAGAUGCUUUUGAGUGACCAAGAUCAAUUUUUGUCCUACAAUGGUGAAGUCCUUGUAUUUCAGCUGUCAAAACCAAAGCAUGCAGAGGAAGMAGACGAUAAAACAAUGAAUUUAUGUGUCAGAAGGAUGGUGUUCAACAGAGAUGCUAAGCUGUUCGUUCAGAAGUCUUCUGGAGUAUUCACCAUGCUUGCCAGUCACUCAAAAAUUGAAAUGAUUUGUUGUAGCUGCACAAGAGAUUCCAGAACAGGCAUUAUUCUUCCCUGCAUUUUCAUGAAGAAGAAAAAACGGAACAAUGUCAAAUACUUUUUAUUGUUGCUUCACAGUUCAAAUCAAUUUGAGCCAUCCUUUUAUUUUAAAUUGGAUUAUGAGCUGAAAGAAGACAUCAGGUUGUUUGCUGGCCCAUCAGUGUUGUGGAGACAUUCCAACAAGCUGUUCUAUAUUUCUUCCAACACCUGCGUGGUUCAAAGUGCCCCUGUUCUGCUUUCUUCUAUAGUGUGGACAGGUGAAAUUGUAGGUGAAGGCACUGUUGUCUUAGGGAUAAGAACAGCUUGCCUGCCAGAGACUGAAGAUGCAGAUGGAUUUUCUGUUUCAGACAGAGCCAUCUGGGGUAGUGAGUUCUUUGGAUACGCAAUUCAAACACAAAAAAUGCUGACCAGCACGUGUUUCAUGCCUCAUGCUUACAGCAAAGUGGUAUCCUCUGUGUACAUCUGCAAGAGCGAGAGAUUGAAAAAACAGCUCCGAAUAUCACUUGUUGCCGUUACSCACAAGAACCAGCUUAUUUGGUUCCAAAAUGGUGUCCCUAAAGGUGUUUGUGAGCUUCCUUUUGAAAAGCCAUGUUCYGUAAAACCAGCUGUAACCAGUAGCAAGGAUUUGCUAUUUGUUGUGUCUUUUGCCUCUGGAAAUAGCUGUGUUGURCAGAGGAGAGACAGCUUACAGGUGGCUUCCAAAUGGCAAAAAGUGAAGUGCAUUCUGGUGGAUGAUUUUAUUGCUUCUGGAAGUGAGCAGCUGUUGCUACUUUUUAAGGAUGACUCCAAUACAGACGUGUUAAGUACAUUCAAAAUAACAGAUCUUGGAGAGGUCAACUAUGCAAGUGAUAUUAAUGAUAAACGUGAUCUUCCUGUUUCAGAAGGAUUGCAAGAGAAUGGCUUGCUUACUGUCCGAGCCCUUGAAACAAGAUUACAGGCUGGUUGGACUUCUGUUCGAGAGCUACAGCAGCAUUUAGGYCUCCAAAAGAGGGUUAUUCUUGAGUCUUGCAGAGCAUUAAUAGAUCUUGUUGAAGAAAGAACCCAUAUUCUACCAAGUGCAAAAGAGGAAGGUCUUGUCUCUCUCUGGGAUGAUGCAGAAAAUCCUCCUCAUUCUCUUAGUAAAGAGACAUCACUGGCAUCUAAAGUCCCAGAGCACUUCACAGAGGGAUUGUGGCAGCGUGUGGUGGGUGACAGCCUGGUAGUUGGAGUAAAGCUAACUGAAUCAUUUUACUUGUCACUGAGAGAUGUCAGUUUAUCUUUAGUGAUGGAUCAAGACUUCUCUUCGAUUUCUCCARUUAUCAAGUGUCAAAGUAAAAUCAUUAAGCUGAAUAAAGCCUUCUCAGCACUGGCUGUCUCCUCAAAUCAAAUUGAACCUCCUCCAAAAAAGAUAAAAUUGGACUUGCAUAGCAAGAUUGAUCUGAAAAAAGCGCUUCCUAAGAGAUGUUCAAGGAUUCAGCUGGAUGGAGCAAAGGCAGUCAUUGCUGUCACCAGCCUKUCACCACUGCUGGCAUUUCAUCGUGUGUGCUGCGUAGUUCUUCUGCAUGCCAGGAAGCAAACCCACCAGAAGGACAGUUUASAGCAGAGCAAAAAGAUUACUGUACWCUGUGGGAAAAUUUUGUUAAGUCUGGAAGAUCUUUCAAAUGACAGAUAUUCAGUGAAGAUGCUAAGGGAUAAUAGUUACUGUACAGGUUCCAUGGAAGAUAUUCUUGCUGUCCUUGCAGUAUCAGUGAGAUUCUCUUUUGAGAUUGUGUCUUCUGACUGCACAUUGACUCCAGUCCGUUCAUGGCUACUGGAAGAAAUGGAGUGCACACCAUUUAAGGAAUGCCAGGACAACAUAUUCUGUCAUAAAGCAGGAAAUGUCUAUGGUACCAUUUUUAACUGGACCCUGAAAAAUCCAUUUGAAGGAGUUCUAACAAUAUUUUGCAGAAAUCUGACUGUCUUGUUCCAGUGCCUUCACAGCCUUACCAGAAUUCUCCCUCCAAGCUGCAGUGUAACACUCCAGAGAUCUGGAAGCAAAGGAGAACUCACAGAACAGUUAGCACUGGCUCUGGAAAAGGAAAUGCUCACCUUGAAGAAUUCUCUUUUCUUAAAAGAAACUAAAGCUGAAAACAGCUUGACAUGGGGGAAUGAGGCUGGCAAAGAAAUCAGUAAUGCUCCUCUGGCUUCUUUACUGGACACUGUGGAAGGAGUCCAGCAAUUCAGGAAGAAGUUUCAGAAUGAGCAGGAAGAGAGUGUGCAAAGUAUGAACCAAACAUUGAACGGUGCCCUUUACCAGAAAAUUGCUUUGAAAAUAGCUGAAGCUCAACUGAGUUCAGAUAUGAUUAUGUGCAAAUUGAGCAAGUCUUAGAAACUAUUAACUAAAUUUAUUUUGAAUUUAAUUAAAAUUACACUAUKAAAUAAUAUUUAUAUUUUCAUGGGUACUUGUAUUGCUUUGUAUUCUAUAGCAUUUCUGUGUUGUUUCUACAGAUGAAUGCUGGUAUUCUGAUUGAUAACUUUGGCAAGAAUUUAACGUUAAAGAUUGAGUCAUUAUUUUGUAACAGAUUUUGAAAAUAUAUUUUUAAGGUAUUUCUAAUAAUUCCUACUCCAAUAAUCAUAAUUAUUGGAGUAUAAAAGAAUUCUUUUAGAAAAAURAAUUAUUAAGUGUGUACUCUUUAAAAUAAUGCUAUUGAACUGGAAACAUGCCUAUUUAUACAUUUAAAAUGUAAGCUUUUUUUAGAAAUCUUAAGACAGGUAUAGAAAGGAUCUAGGUUAUACAACCAAUUGUAAUUCUUAAUUUGAAUGUGGAGUUUCACAAAUGCUAAGAGGAGGCAGUUUAUCUUCAUGACAUGUCAAACCUUUUAACUUAUAGUGAUACCAUGUGAGGAAGAAAACUUUGUACCUUUCAGCCCUGUCUUCCRGAGUCCACCCUCAGAUUUAUGGAGUAUUUAUUGGAGGUGGAGAASCAGAUCAGGCCUCUUAACCAGAUUUCAAGACCUCAUGAAGAUUCACUGCAUACUAAAGCUGCUUCAGGUUUGACAGGUCUACUCCCACACAAUUUAGAGAUAGGGCUGAUCUCACUGGUAGAUCCUGGAGGAAACUCCUUGCUUGGAUGUUAACCUAGCUUCAGUGUCAGAAGAUUAGCUUGCUCAAUCCCUGAGUCAAAUGAUUGUCUGCUGAUACUAGGUGCUCAGUGGUUUUGGCCUAUCUCAAAUAGUUUAAAUAAUAUUGGGCAACGUUUCUGUUCCUCCCUUUGCUGGCUUGAGCAAGAUACUGCUUGURCUUCCAGGCAGAGAAUGGCCAGUACUACUUGCUGAGAUGGUAAUUCUUAAUCAAUUUUUUCCCAUUAGCUUCAUGAGGGGCAGAAAGGUUAGAAAAUCUUAAAUCACAAUAAUUUGCUUCCUUUAUCUCUGCUUUAUGUAAAUAAAACAUUCCUAUUGCUUUUCACAAUUUUUCUGAAGUUGUCAGAGUUUUGCUAUUCAUUUCCUCUGCAAACAGAGUUAAUAGUUGACAUCUCCAGUGUGAACUCUCUCUGACCAUAAAAGUCUGUCAGGAAAAGUGGAAGAUAUUCUUUGACUCAAAGGAAUACUGAUGUUUCAGAUUUUUUUUUUUUUUUCCUCAGGAGAAGGUUCACAUUCUGUAUGUGUGUCCUCUAGAAGCAUUAAGUGGUGAUGUUUUUCAGUCCAAGGCAUCUUCUCAUACUGGUAACAGGAGUGAACUGAUGCACAUUAAAUGCAAAACACGGGCUAGAAAAACAGUAAAUGAGAGAACUGAGCUUUGUAAGCUCAACCCAGCUUAGUGAUGUAGCUUCACUUUUGAUACUCAAAGUAUUGCAUGGCUCCUUUUUAGCUAYAGAGAAGGGAACUCCUCCAUUAAGUUGUCAAGAAUGUCUUUAAAAAUAGUCAUGGGUAUUUGAAACUAAGUAUUUAGUGGAUGGGAAAGUUGAGGGUUUUUUACAAUUCUUUCUUUGUUAAGCCACAGUUGUGUUCAAGCAGUAGUGAAAGCUUAAGUAGUCAUUGUCAGGGCUUGGCAGUCAGUUGUCACAGGAAUUUCCAGAAGUUCCUGAUUAUAAGCGCUUAAAUGAAGUGAAAAAUCUCAAAGUGUAAUCCUGUAGCUUGCAGCUAAGGGCAAGACCUUGCUAAGCCAUGUAAGCAGAAACCUUCAGAGCAACAAAGCUACCCUUCAGCUCCGAGCACUUGAAGGAGAUUUUGCAAAGCAAUGUAAACAGUCCGGCAGUUGAUUUUUGUCAGCAGUACUGUAGCAGCCUUCUCUCMCGUUGUAACUGACCAUCGUUGGUCUGUCUUUAAAGACGAACUUCYAUUUGUGUUCACAUCCCUUUAUUGAACUAACAGAGUGGGACAAAUGAACAGAAGCUGCUAAGCACAAAUGUUGCCAGUUUCUAAUUCCAUGGARUUGUUACUUUAAAGAACCAAACAGUGAAAUCACAGAGCUGUAGCAGUGAAAUKAUUUGAGUAAAAUAGUAACAUCGUGUUCCUACUAAAGAGACUUUCCUGAGGCAUGCAUUCUUAGUUUGUAAAUCAUCAGAUGAGAUCAUUUCCUAACAGCUYUAAGA